AUGCCAUCGUCCUCCAUUCGAGUCUUGACCUCAUCAGACGUUGAUCAGGUGCUAACCGACCUAUCGCCUGAGAUUGCUUUAGCCUCCCAGUCAUAUGUCUUCAAGCACUUCUCCAGCCCCUCGGCAUCAAAGGAAGGUGAAUACGCUAUCAUCCAGACUCCUCAUAGAAUAACUAUCAGCUCAAAGCAGUCCACCAUGCUAUUCAUGCCUUCUCGUGCCCCCACAGCGGACAACUCCACGACAGCGUCAAUCAAGAUUGUAUCUGUGCCCACUGUAAGUGAUGGGGGUUUACCUGCAACUACUAUGGUGAUGGAUGAGACUACUGGGAGGGUCAAAGCUGUUGUUAACGCUAGGAAGUUGACGGCGUUGAGAAAUGCUUGUGGCUCAGCGCUCUUCCUCCGUCUCUUUCCCUCUCCAACCCCACCCACCCACCUUGUCCUCUUCGGUUCCGGUGCGCAAUGUCACUCGCAUACCAUUCUAUUUCUCCGUCUGUACUCCACCAUCCAAAGCGUGACUUUCGUCGUUCGUUCAUCCACCCCACGAUCCCAAUCCCUGAUCAACGACUUAUCCAAGCAAUUCCCCGGUAUAUCCAUCAAAGUUGAAGUGCAUCCAUCAAGCUCUUCAGAGGGAUUGGACGACGUGGUGGGUAAAGGAGAUAUAAUCGUUGCUGCAACUUCAUCGACCGUACCUCUUUUCACCACUCAGCCGAAAAGGGACGCGAGGGUGAUACUGAUAGGCUCAUACAAACCUACGAUGCACGAGGUCGAUCGAUCCCUGGUGGAAAGUGCGGGCGUGGUGGUUGACUCAAUCGAAGCUUGUAUGAGAGAAGCGGGCGAACUGAUCGAUUCGAAUUUGACAAAUGAAGAUUUGGUAGAAAUAGGUCAGGUGCUAGAUGAUUCCAGGGCAGAGGAAUAUAAGAGGAAGGUAGAAGAAAAAGCGAAUAGUAUAGGUGGGAAUGGAGUGGUGAUAUUCAAGUCUGUCGGACUGGGUAUCCAAGACGUGGCUAUCACCAAUAUCGUCUUGGAACAAGCUGAGAAGAUGAACUUGGGCCACGUGGUGGAGAAUUACGAUUGA